CGCGGCCACCGGAAGGGGAAGUUUCUCUUGUGAUCGCUGCCUAGCUCGUCCGAAUUCGGUGGCGCCACGUCCGUCGGUCUCCGCCUCCUGCACAGCGGCUGCGCCUCCACUUUCCCUGGCCGAGCCGGCCGCGGUGCGCGGGGUGGGCACGGGAGGACGCGCGGCGCUGCGCAGCCGGUCACCUGACGGGCGACCAUGUCGGACAUCGGGGACUGGUUCAGGAGCAUCCCGGCCAUCACGCGCUACUGGUUUGCUGCCACCGUCGCGGUCCCCUUGAUCGGCAAGCUUGGUAUUAUCAGCCCGGCCUACUUCUUCCUCUGGCCCGAAGCCUUCCUCUAUCGAUUCCAGAUAUGGAGGCCGUUCACUGCCACCUUUUAUUUUCCCGUGGGUCCAGGAACUGGAUUUCUUUAUUUGGUCAAUUUAUAUUUCUUAUAUCAGUAUUCGACACGACUUGAAGCAGGAGCCUUUGAUGGGAGGCCAGCGGACUAUUUAUUCAUGCUUCUCUUUAACUGGGUCUGCAUCGUUAUUACUGGCUUAGCAAUGGAUAUGCAGUUGCUGAUGAUUCCUCUGAUCAUGUCAGUACUUUACGUCUGGGCCCAGCUGAACAGAGACCUGAUUGUAUCAUUUUGGUUUGGAACACGAUUUAAGGCCUGUUACUUGCCUUGGGUUAUCCUCGGAUUCAACUAUAUCAUUGGAGGCUCGGUGAUCAAUGAACUCAUUGGAAACCUUGUUGGGCAUCUUUAUUUCUUCCUGAUGUUCAGAUACCCUAUGGAUUUGGGAGGAAGGAAUUUUCUGUCCACACCUCAGUUUUUGUACCGCUGGCUGCCCAGCAGGAGAGGAGGGGUGUCAGGGUUUGGUGUGCCCCCUGCCAGCGUGAGGCGAGCUGCUGAUCAGAAUGGCGGAGGCGGGAGACACAACUGGGGCCAGGGCUUCCGACUUGGAGACCAGUGAGGAGCAGCCCUGGCCUGCUCACCAGCCAUGCUAAGCAGAUGACAGGCUCCUCCCAGUGCUGGGCACGCUUACUGGCCGAGCCUUGCUGCCGCUCUUGGACCUGACCCACACUGAAUGUAGUCUUUCGGUACAAGACACAUUUUUAAAUCCUGAAGGAAAAUACAAGUGUUCCUCAAGUUUCAUGAUUCUCAUUCAAGUCCUUACUGCUAUGAAGAACAAAUAUCAGCUGUGCAGAUUUCAAAACUGACUCACUUUCUGGUCUGGUGUCUUCUCUUCCUCCCCUUCAAUCUGAAUAAUGAGCUGGGAAAGCGGGCUUGAUUAACCAAAUCCUGUCAAAGGCCCCUGCCCUCUCUCACACACGUGUCCCCAGAGUUGCAGCUAGAGUUGUCCACAGAAGGGUUUUACCUUUGACAGACUCACUUACUGACUUUUGCCAAAGCUUGGUCCGCAAGAGCUGGUUCACACACCGUUCUCGGCCAUCACGGGCAGGACUGUAACAGUAGGGAGAAGACCGGAGCAGCAGAGGAAGAGCUUUCUCUGCUGUGGGGCCUGCGUCCACCUGUCCGCAGUGCCGCCAUUUGCCGCCUUCUCAGAUAUUUAUACACAAAGGUACCACUGAGUGAGCCAGUGGCAGCCAGACGGGGAGUACAAGCCUUAGGACUUGUUGCUCGGUACUUUUCUCCCUCUGAGCCAAGUGAUCAGAACCAUAGUGGAGUUGCUCCUCACUCAGAGGAUUGUUUAGCUGUCAUCCCCUGUGUUUCUCCCAGGGGGGCUCUGUGUGCCCAGAGCAGUUGUGCUGCUCUGUGUUAUGCUAGGAUGUUCCAGAUCCCAUCGGCCAGACACACGCCCCUGGAGCCAAGCUUGAUUCUGCUUCAUCCCCACGUGGACGUGUGUUCACUGAGUCGGUGGUGAAGAGAGUGUCCGACUCUAAAGUUUUCGUUCAUUGUUUUUUGUCCCAUGCCUUUUCUGGUCAAGUGUUUGUGUUAAUGGUAAGGGGAGUGCAGCUCUUCAGAUGUGUGCUGACUAGUUUUUAAGGCUAAUAGAGGCACAUCUGAAUGAACCACUCAGAAUUAGAGGUUCCGAUAGCUUUAGGGUCAUUUGCGUUUGAAGGUCUUGAUUAUCUUGGGUCAUGCAUGUAUACACUUUGUGAAUCAGACCUGCUCCCUUUUUAUAGGUGGGCUUUCGCCAGCAGAGCUCAGCUUAUCACUAAAUAAAGUUUUCUGAAGGCUA